GCUUCCCGCGGGUGUCCGAGCCCGAGGCCCCAGAGCAGAGCAGCCCGCCGCCGAGCAAGGAUGGAGGAACACCUGAGGAAGUUCCUGGAGCUCGCGAGCGACGGAGCGGAGGCGCGCGGACGCUCCGAGUUCGCACUCAUUCGCUCGCAGACUGCGGUCAUCCAGCAGAACACCGGUCUCACGACGGAGGCGGGAGCCCUGAAGGAAAACAUAAAGAAAAACCGCUACAGGGACAUUUUGCCUUAUGAUCAGAGUCGAGUGCGGCUCACUCUUUCGGCGAAGGAGUGUGAAUCAGACUACAUCAAUGCCAGCUUUGUCCAGGGUGCAAUAGAGAACAAACUGUACAUUGCGACCCAAGGCCCUCUGAAGCACACUACAGGAGACUUCUGGAGGAUGGUUUGGCAGUAUCAAGUGAAGGUCAUAGUUAUGGCUUGCAGAGAAAGAGAGAAUGGAAAGAAGAAAUGUGAGUGCUACUGGCCGGAUCGUGCAGCGACAGCUCUAUUUGGAUCCUUCGCCGUAUCGAACCUGAAUGAGUCUUUCCCCAAUGAAGAAGUUGUUGUUCGGAAUCUUUCGGUGACGUACGAAGACGAAACCAGGACCGUGUCACAGUUCCAGUACACAGCAUGGCCGGACCAUGGCAUUCCAUGCACAAGCAGCGGAAUUCUGGAAUUGAUGGAAAUGGCCCAUAAAGUGCAGGGAGACAGUACAGCUCCCAUCGUCAUUCACUGCAGCGCCGGUUGCGGUAGGACCGGGGUCAUCUGUACCGUAGACUAUGUAAAUGAUCUUCUGAAAACAAAGAGGAUCAGCGAUGAUUUUAACAUCAUGGAGGUCGUGUUGGAGAUUAGAAGCCAAAGGCCAUCUGCCGUACAGACAAAGGAACAGUAUCAAUUUGUGUACCACAUUGUGGCGCAGAUGUUUGAGAAGACCCUGUUGUCUUCACAUGACACCUACCAGAACCUGACUGAGAUACGUCAGUCUCGGUGCGGUGAUGUCAACUCGGUGAAGAAACGAGAGCAUCAAACUACAUCCUCGAAAACCAGCGAUUUGCAAACGCGAAGUAAGCCUGCCGUUAAACCAAGAACAUCCUUUCCCCGAGCUCAGAAUAUGAACGACACUUACGCCGUCGUCAAUAAGGCCAGGCAGCGGCCGGUCUCCAGUUUUGCCGUCCACCACUAUGAUAACGCAGACGUUGGCACCGCGAGCCCCGCAGCUACGGCGGUGUACAGCACGGUAAAACCCAAGAACCGGGUGCGCGGCAGCGCCCCGCAGCUGGACGUACCCGUCUCCGACAGAGCCGGAGCAGCCGCCAAUCACUGGAACGGACCGUCUCCUUCGGCAGAAGGCGACGGGGACUACGAAUUUGUCGCUGGGGUUUUCAGGACUCAGAGCAGUACAAAGCCUCCGAUCUGCCCAGGAAAAAAACCUUCUGCCAGCACUUCCUCGUCAGAGGAAAAUUAUGAAUAUGUUGCAGAACCCGUGAGAAGGAUGGCCAGCCAGGAGGGUGGUAUGGGGUUCAACUGUCGAGUGAAGAAGCCCAAGGGACCUCGGGACCCCCCGCCCGAGUGGAGCCGAGCUGAGCGAUAGGCUCGGAGGCUGGGGUGGAAGGCGCAUGAGUCAGCAGGGAACCCGUGAUGGCAUUUCCGCUUAGCAUGACGCCUUGAGUGAAUGGGUUGCGUUAGUUCGGUUACGAAAUUGCGAGAACAACACGUGCCAGUGGAAAUAUGAACGGGAACGGGUUGUUAAUUUUUUUUUUUUUUAAAACCAAAAACUGAUGCAAGUGUGUAUCGUAACUUAUUUGACCUGUAAAGGCACUUCAGCUCUACUUCCUGGCUGCCUGACCCCCGAACCAGACGGAAAAGUGUCUCAGCUGAUGAACACUGAUGCUGAGCUGAGAUUAUCCUACUUUUUUUUUUUCUUUUUCAUUUAGUGUAGAGCUAUACAAUACUGUAUUUCCUGACUUGAAUGGGUCACGUGGAGAAGAACGAAAUAUCGCAACAGCAACUUCGAGAAGUACACGAUUGGGUCACUAGACACCUGUUGGCGUUCAGAACUGACUUGGUCCUUCAUGGAUUGCUUCUUGAAAGGCUUGAACCGCAUUUUGGGGAACUGGACCAUUUUGCAAGAUGAAGAACCUUCGGUUCAUUACGGAAUGAAGGACAUAUGAAUUCAUUCAACCCCCCUGCACUCAGGAACUUCCCAUAAACGUUAAGAAAAGUUUACGUGUCGUAACUGGGAAAGCCAUAGAGGGUAUUUCCCUUCUUCCUGGUUGAAAGCACUCUAUGUGUUCAGCUCUAUGUGUCUGUGUUUAUAUGAAAUGAAGAUCAUCUCGGAGCAUGAGUUCAUCAAGAGGACACAGCAUGGACCUUAGGAUGUAGACCUGGUCACCUGAAAUGGCUCAAUAUUCUUGUGCUGUUACGUGACCAGUGAGAGCACCUUCAAACCCGGGUUCUCCAGUGUGGUGUCUCCCUCACAUUACAGCCACCAUGUUUAGGAAUUGAUAAUAGACACACACACACACACACACACACACACACACA